AUCCACCGCAGAAUCCACUUUCAGAAAAUACAGAUAAGAGACCAAAGAGAUAACCGAGCUCCCAGAGUUCUUCACUGAGAAGAGCAGCAAUGGCAGCAGCAUCGGCAACCACCGCCGUGUUCUUCGGCACCACCCGAACUCCGUGCUUCCGCAGGGCCGACGCUUCCAAGCGAUUCCCGCACCCUUUCAAGGCGGACGCAGUUUCCGACGUCGGGUUCGUUACCAGUCAGCUGAGCGGCGUCAGAAUCUCCUACGACAUGUCGUCUCAGCUUCCCAGUAUCUCCACUCAUUCCCUCCCCGCCCUUCAGCCCAUCGUUGCCCGUAGAAUUUGUCCUUUCACUGGGAAGAAAGCAAACAGGGCAAACAAGAUUUCCUUCUCAGCCCACAAGACCAAGAAGUUGCAGUUUGUGAACCUACAGUACAAGAGGGUUUGGUGGGAAGCUGGGAAGCGCUUUCUUAAACUGCGUUUGUCGACCAAAGCAUUGAAGACCAUAGAGAAGAACGGGAUUGAUGCCGUUGCCAAGAAGGCAGGGAUUGAUCUUCGCAAGUUAUGAUUCUUGGUUUUGUACACUAGUUCUAUUGUAAGGCAUGCCCGAUCACUUAGUUCCAAAUAUUUUUUUCAAUCUUGAGCUUUAGUUUCCAUUACUGCAACCAGCAAGUUCUUUGCUCUCUCCGAUGUAUGUGUGGUCGAUUAAGUCUAUGACGAUUAUUUGCUUCAAGCACAAGGAAUGUCACAACAGAGCAUGCAUAUUUCUGCAAA